CCUAUUCACUGUUUCGUAUGUCGACUUUAUUGUUUGACUCUUGAUUGUUUACUGCCUGGACUUUUGUUCUAGAUCGUCGCAAAAUGAGCCAAGAUGAGCCUCUCUAUCUCUUGUCACUGGACGGCGGAGGUAUCAGGGGAAUUUCGGAACUGGUCAUAUUGCACGAGAUCAUGAAGCGACUACAGAAGAUGGCAGGCCUCAGAGAAAUACCCAAGCCUCAGGACCAUUUCCAUUUGAUGGGUGGCACAAGCACUGAGGGGGUGAGUUGGUCUUUCCAACACGCCGUCUUGCAAAAUGUCACUAAUAGCAGAUCAUUGGAAAGACUCAUUGCCAUCAUGUUAGGUCGCAUGGGUAUGUCGACUGAAGAAGCCAUCAACGCAUCCGAAAGUUUUGCAGAGGACGUUUUUCAUCCGAAAAACCGUAGGUUCUGGAGCAGAACUUACAAGGAGAAAACACUCGUCAAAAUCAUACAAGAUAACGUGCGCAAGCUCGCAACGACCACGAUGCUCGACGACGCGAGGGAAAAGGGACUCACGUUUGUUUGCUCAGCCACGUAUGAAAAUUACGCGGCUUACCUCUUCCGAACGUACAAAGGCAGCAGCAACUGCGCUCACAAUGUGGAAAUUUGGGAGGCGGCAAGGGCAACGUCGGCGGCACCGACUUUCUUCGACCCAAUCUCCAUCAAGGUCGAGGCAGAGAGGGACCAGUACGUCGACGGGGCCGUGGCCUACAACAAUCCCGCCCGCCUUGUUCUGAGUGAGGCCGAGUCCUACUUCGGCCCGAGGAGGACCUUGGGAUUUCUCCUCAGCUUGGGCACCGGACUUAAAGUCUCCGAUAAGGAAGUCAACGUAGUUCCUCCUGGGCAGCCUAUAGAUCGUCCAGUCGUGGCCAGACAAGGCAGCGGCGCCCUCUUCUCAAGAGGCACGAUAAAGAUCGUCAAGCAUGCCAAAGCAUCGUUGACUGAUUCGGAGCCCGAGCACCAAGCCUUAGAGGAGCGGUUUUUGGGAACACCCUACGCAUACUGGCGGUUGAAUUUGGACCGGGGCGCUGCGGAUAUCAAGCUGAAUGAAUACCAGAAAAUGGGGUUGUUGCGGGCGGCAACGGAGAGGUACAUACAAGACUUUGAAGUCUCUGCCAGUAUCGACAAAAUUGCCAGCAUGUUGUACAAAAAGGAGGGCGUCAACAUGUCUCUUGAUGCCGCAUGCCAUGCGGUAUCCGAAGCGGCCUCGAGGCAAGCCGUUCAGCAAGAGGUGCAGAUCAACAGCAUUGCAAGCCCUCAAUUCACUGGCAGAUUAGACAUACUCAGCAAGAUGGAACGGCACUUUUUCGAACGCCCGGCCGGAUCUUCACCUAGAAGACACCUCAGAAUUUGGGGCGUGGGAGGCGUUGGGAAGACGCAGAUUGUCCUCAGAUUUAGAGACUUGUACGGGUCAAGAUUCGAUCUGGUGUUUCGGAUCAACGGCGCCACCAUAACUUCCAUGAUCGAAAGCUUCAGAUUGUUAACAGCUGAGAUUUUCGGCGGAGAGCCCAGCAGGCCUGAUAUGAAGAAAGUUCAUAAUUGGUUGGCACAGAAUCAUACUGAAGAGUGGCUUCUUGUAUUCGACAACAAUGAUUCAAUCGACGUGAGCCAGUAUAUUCCUCCGGGGAACGUUGGAAACAUUAUCUUCACCAGCAGACGGAAAGAUAUAACACCCACCCUGGACGCCGACCAAACAAUCCCGGUCGACAUUAUGGAUGCAGAGGAUGCAGUCACCCUAUUCCUUCGCGCCUCGAAAAGACAAAGGACAAAGUCCGGAGAUGCUGACGACAGAUACGAAAGAGAAAUUGUUAGCGAGCUUGGAUAUCUCCCAUUAGCCAUCGAUCAGGCCGGUUCCUAUAUUUACAACCAGGAGUGUUCAUUCGCAAGCUAUCUUGUCAACUUCCGGGAUCGCCGAAAAGACAUUAUAGGAGACCCUAUGUACCCGGGAGUCUUUGAGCACAAUCCCGCUGUUUACGGUACAUUUGAGCUCUCGUAUGUGGCAUUGGAAAAGCGGUCACAGCAAAACAGUCACAACGGCCGGGCUGCCUUGAAUGCCCUUCGUAUUCUCAACAUCUUCUGCUUCUAUCAUAAUGAGAAGAUCACAAGUGCGAUUCUCAGGAGGGCAGCAGUCAGCAGAAAAUGGGAUGUAAGUCCCUUUCGCAGCGAAAGGGGCGACAAUGGGAUUGGGCCGUUUCCGUUGAUCAACAUUACAAGAGAAGGCGAUUGGGAUCCAACCAACUUCGAAAAUGGAAUCGCGACGCUGAGAAGCUAUUCUUUGAUCAAGAGGUCUACUUUGGCUGGGUGGUUGUACUCUAUGCAUGUUUUAGUGCACUCUUGGGCCAGAGACCGAAUGAAGCCCGACACUCUGACCAUGCAACGCAGAGCAGCUGGCGAGAUACUCUAUCUUGCGAGUGCGAGAAAUAAGACCUUCGAUGCAGAGAUCUUUCGCCCCGAGGUACUGCCGCAUAUGCAGGCAUGUUUUGAGCACGGAAGUCUAGAGUUCAUGAAGUUGACACGGGAGACUCAUAGGGAAGGUGCAUUCUCAAGUGUGCUUAUGGACCUGGGACUCUGGACCCAAGCUACAAGGGUCUUGGAAGAGAUUGUUGCUGCUAGCCAAGUGAUAUUCGAGCCUCAAGACAUGGAUAGCAUAGCGGCUUCGUGGGAUCUGGCGAGGGCCUACCGCGAUUCCAGCAGGUUGAAAGAGUCCCAGGCUCUUUUCCAGGAUAUUAUCAGACUGGUCGCGGACCACGGUGAGAUCAGGGUCGUGCGCCAUCAUCCCCGCAUCGGCAUCGACCUGGUGGAGUUGUCGAUCAUCCAAGCAAGAUACAAGGAGGCCAAAGAUUUGCUAGCUACACUUCUAGAAUAUGGGGAGGAAGUCGGGCGAGACGGGCCCUGGUCUGGGGGCUGGUGGCGCAAAACUGUGAGAACGCUUGCCACCAUCUUCCGGAUGGAGGGCAAUGCUGGAAUGGCUUACGGUAUUGACAUUAGUUACCUACAGUAUUGUGUGGAAAACAAAAUCCAUUCUCUUGCAACGGCGAGCGCAUUGAGCAGCGUCGCCGCAUCGUGUUCAGCCUUGGAGGAACACAAUGAAGCGGACCGGACUUGGCGCGAAGUCCUCGCCAUCGAAGAGGGAUUGGACAAUAAGUCCAGGAUCUUGCCAUCGAAGCGAGAUGUCGCAACCGGAUGUGCGAACCUGAAUCAGUUUGAAGAGGCAGAGAAGAUCUUGCGCGAGGUUCUUGAAGUGAGCGAGAAGUUUCUUUGGAGGACGCAUCUUGAUACACUGGCAACGAUGGAUCAGCUGGCGGGUGUGUUGGCCCGGUGUCAAAAGACAGAGGGGGCUGUCCGGCUAUGGGAGGAAUGCCUCGAUGGUUGGGAGCAUAUUCUGCGCGAGCAACAUCCUCUCAAGCAGAGAACAAGGUGGGCGUUGGAGAAAAUAAGAAAUGGCGAUACCGGCCUCGCGCAAGAGGAUUUCCAGGCCGGUGGAUGCAUGUUUUCUGGAGGAUGCUAUUUCCUACCUAAGGAGGUGCCCAACCGGGAUGGCCGUUUGCUGACUUGGAUGUCACAGUUAGAGGUUCUCAAGCUCUUUCCCCCCGAACUAGAGGGGGACGCCGAUACGCGAGAUGGAGUAGAAAGCGCAAAAGCGUAAAUGGUAGAAUGGAACGACUCUUCUUUCAACUGAACUUCUGAAGUCAAGACGACUUGUGGAUGACAACCUUGACUAUUGCCGUUGUGUAUGUGUACUAUGACCUCCAGGUGACGACAGCUCGCAAUAGUGACAUCGGAGAUGCCCUUGUCGCCGCCGUCAAAAAUGAUAUGGCAGCACACAACUCUCUCU